GUCCGCAGUGUAGCGAUGACGAUGAAGUCCGGAAAUCGAAACUUAAUCGAACUAAAUGAUACGAAGAAAAGAAAGUAUUCUUGAUCUGUGGUGGAUGUCAGUCGAAACUGACACUAGUAGUACAGUGUAAACCUGGUAUGAAAUCACGGUAACGAGUCUUUUUGUGGAUAUAUGGCGUUCACGUGCUGAUCAAGGUAAAGAUUCAGUGAAGUUGUGUCACUGUCUUCGUAUAUAGAUAUUUUUAACUCUGCAAUGGAGUCUGUGUCAGGGAAUUUUGUUUCGCUGCUAAACGAGUACCAGCAGAGGACACAGUGCACCGUGGAGUAUGAGGAGGGAUCCACAGAGGGACCGAGUCAUAAUAAAACCUUCACUAUGAGGGCCAUUAUAAAUGGUCAGCGGUAUCCUGAUGGCACUGGGAAAUCCAAGAAGGAGGCAAAGCAAAGUGCUGCCAGGAACGCCCUUGAUGGCAUAAAGAGCACUUACAAUACUGAAUCUACAACAUCAUCUGUUCAAAACAUUUCCAACAACAUGACUAUAUCUCAUCGGAAUUACACAUGUUGGCUCAAUGAACAUUCACAGAAGAACAAGUUAGUAUUCAAGGCCCGUGAGACCACUAAGAUGGAUCCAGGAAACUCUACUCAAUUGUGUACUUAUGUCUGUAAGUAUAUUUGCGGUGAUAGAGAGUUUCCAGAGGCUUAUGGAAAAAAUAAGAAGGAAGCCAAAGAGGCAGCAGCUCUCUGUGUUUAUGAAGAGCUAUUCAAAACACAAAAUGCAGAGGACGAGAACAGCAAUAGAGCACGGAGGAGGUCAGAGGUUGCAUCUCUUGGCCCUAGCCUGGACCGUGUGAGUUUGAGUACUGCUGAUGAAUCUCGAAGCUCUACGCCUGACCACAACUACAUUGCAUAUCUCAAUGACUUCUGCCAGAAAAAUAAAAGUGUACUUGAUUUCAAAUUAGUGGAGAGAAGAGGCCCUCCUCACAACCCAGAGUUUGUGUAUAAAGUUGUCAUAGACGGGAAGGAAUACCCCGAAGGACAAGGAAAGAGCUCAAAAGAGGCGAAGCAACAUGCUGCUCAGCACGCUUGGAGUGAAAUUCGUGAUCAGAUUGGCUGGACCACACAGAGUUCUGAAGAUGACACCUCUUCUCAAACCCUAGAGACAUCUAAAUCUGAGGAUGCACAACUCUCAUCAAACAGCUCGGCUGAAACUCCCAGCAAAAGUGAUUUCAUCGUCUUCAAAGACUCAUCUGCUGUCAGUUCUCCUAUGGCCAUAAAUCCUUGUGCAAGCCCACUGGAUGUGAGACCGAGAAUAAAAUUAGCACCGACUUUUCAACUGUCACCAAACGGCCUGGCCCAGGUUAAAGAGAAUGUUCCUAACCUGAAUGCACACAAUCUGACAAAGUCAUCUGGAGAUCAACCUUCACACCAAGCUAUAAAGUCAAGGUUUUUGGAUGACUUUGACUCAAUAAAUCCGAUUGGCAAAGGUGGUUUUGGCCGAGUUUUCAAGGCAAGACAAAAGCUGGAGAAGAAAUAUUAUGCUGUGAAGAUAGUGAAGAGUACAGAAAAAGCUCUUCGUGAGGUCCGUGCUUUGGCUGAUUUUAAUAACGCCAACAUCGUCCGCUACUACGCAGCUUGGGAAGAGGACAUGGCGUACAGACAUGAGUCUUCAGAGACCACCUCAGAUUCUAGCAGUGGCCCGGGGACAAAGUUCCUCUACUUUCAGAUGGAGCUUUGUGAGGGAGACACACUGCGUGCCUGGAUUGAGAAAAGAAACUCUUCAAAUGAACACUUCCUUGAGAGGAGAGCGGACGCAACACAGAUCAGCAGGCAGGUGCUGACGGCCGUGGAGUACAUUCACUCUAAAGGCUUGAUCCACAGAGACCUGAAGCCUCUAAACAUAAUGUUCGGCAGUGAUGGAAGAGUGAAGGUUGGAGACUUCGGCCUCGUGACUGCAGCAGAAAAUGACAAUGAUCAGCAACUGCUGGAACGGACUAAAAGGACAGGAACACGUUCUUACAUGAGCCCGGAGCAGGCAACAAAAACAUCCUAUGACAGAAAGGUGGAUAUAUACGCCCUGGGUCUCAUAUAUUUUGAGCUCCUCUAUAAACGCGUCACAACACAUGAAAAGAAAAAGAUUUGGGAUAAUAUAAGAAUUAGGAUUUUUCCACCACAGUUCUCCGGGAAAUUUACCUUUGAGCAUAAGCUCAUAGAGCGAAUGUUGAGUCCCAGUCCUGAAGACAGACCAGACGCCACAGAUCUGAUCAGAGAGCUGGAUCGAUGUUCCACUGUCCUGCAACCAGAUAAAGACAUCAAGACGUUCUGAUGGGAUCUCUUCUCUUUAUGCCUUUUUAACAAUAGCAGUUGCUUAUAUUUAAGGCAAAGCAUUUAGCAGAUGCUUCUAUAGAGCAACUUACAAAAAGUGCUUUAUAUUCAGACUGACACAGUCAACAGAUGGCAAGUGUGCAAUUUAAUCUAUAAAGCAACUACAUUUCCAAAAAUGAAAGUUUUGUCAUUAUUUACUCAUCUUCAUGCCGUUUUUUUAACAAAAUGUUCCACAAAAGAAAGAAAAACUUAAGUGUGAAAAAUUACAAAAUGUGCAUUUUACAUUGUCUAAAACUCCUCUCUGAUCAUGUUGUAUUGCUGUAAUUCAUUCUCUAUGUUUACAUGAAUUAUCUUGAAACAACGGUUGACUCCAUUACCUGUUUAAAUGAAUUACCUUUGGAACGGAAGUUGAAUCUGUCAGCUUUUGUUAUUGUGUCUGUAUUGCAUAAUUUUCUGGAGCUAAAAUCAUGGAGCUUUUAAUCUCAUCUACAGGUUAUGGAAUCAUAUCUCAUGUGGGGAAAAAGUGGUACAUUUUGUUCUCUUUUGCUGUGAAGGUUUUUAUUCAUAAUUUUUGUGGAACAUCUGAUUUGAUAUUGUUGGGAUAUUCUUGUGAAAAUAAAAAUCUGUUACAGAACAUA